AUGAAGGCCUCCACUAUAAAAUGAGUCAUACUACGAAAGACAAUGAAUAGUGUGAAGAGUUUUGGAUUGGAGUGAUUUUCUGAUGGAAAGGUGGGAAUUACCUCGACAAAAUUUAUCAGGGCACCUCCAGCACACCCCAGGAUGGCCACCACGUACCGCAUGUAGUUGGUGAAUGGUUCUGACAUGACAAGAUAUUGGGACUGCCGCAUUUGACAGACGUUGGACUAACUAUGAGUGUAAAUUCUGAAGAGCAAUUCGCAGAUAUUCUGGAUGAGAUUUAUACGUGGCUCGAGCAAAUCCCCUUUUCCCGCCCCAGGAGGAACCUCGUUCGGGAUUUUUCUAACGGAGUAUUUAUGGCUGAAUUAUUGAAGCAGUACUACCCGAGGCACGUGGACCUUCACAAUUAUUCCCCCAGCAGUAGUAUCUCGAAGAAACUCGACAAUUGGCGAACGUUGAACAGAAAAGUCCUGACAAAAAUCGACAUGAAGCUGUCAGAUGACGUGAUUUAUCAAAUCGCCUCAGCCCAGAGUAAAGCCAUCGAUUCAGUGCUCAUUAAAUUGCGAUCGCGAAUACUGAAGGACUGCAACGACGAGAGGAGAUCCCUUUACACAGCCAGUGACCUGGGGAUAUCCAACAGCGAGGUCGACUCGGUUCUGGAUCUCGACGAGGUUCAGAACAAGAAAAUUCCACGUCCAGCGUUUCUCAAGUUGAAGCAGGAGCUCCAGGAGAAGAACGACAUGGUGGCGAUGCUCGGGGAAAAGAUAUUCCACCUGGAGAGUCUCAUCAAGCUCAAGGAUCAGAGGAUUGCAGAUCUGUCUGCGCAAUUAACGAGGCUGAACAAAUUAUCAUAAUUAGUAAAAUGAAUU